CACCAACUCGCACCACUUCCUCACGUCGUCCUCUCACCCCUUCGACGACUCAUAUCUAGGCUCGCAAUUUCGACAAACGACUGGGCAAGAUGCCGCAAACAGCAGCCCGGGCUUUCUCUCAGAAAGACCUACCGCCUUCCGUCGAGACCGCAUACUACAGGAAAUGCAUCGAGCUCAAACGCCGCAUAAAUGACAUCGAGGAAAACAAUGACGGUACACGCCUACGAAUCAAGCGCCUGAACCGCGGUGUCCAGAAGAUGCGCCUUGAGCGAGCCUUCCUUCUCGAACAACUACACAAGCACAUGGAAUACAACGUCGACGAUUCAGACCGGAGCAGCAGUCCACCGCCAACGCCCACGGACAAGCCGCUAAGGAGCAAGCGGAGCCACCGUAAGGGGACGCCGCCCGCCGGAGGACAAGUAGGCAGCGGCAGCGGAAUGUCAGGCGCGCAGCAUGCGAGCCCCGGAAGCACACAUCAUCAGCAGAUUCUGCACCCCAUGAAUCCUAUGUCUUCCGCCCAGAGCACCCCAGAUCCGAGCCGCUCGAACCCUUUCUUCAGCACAAUCGGAGGCAGCGCCACCUCUCCACACGCGGUCAACGGCGCGAGCCAGCCCGUCCUUCCACCUCUCCACUCCCUCCCGCCCCUUCAACCACAACGUGCGCCUGAGCCCUCACGUGGCGCUUACUUCGACCCGGCAUACGACGAGCGGCGCGCACCCGCAGCGGAGAGCGAGUUAGAAUAUGCGGGUAGAGCGCGGUCUCAUUCGGGUGCUAAUCCACCGCCUGAGGUCCGCGAGGCGCAGAAUGGCGAUACCGAGAUGACAGACGCUUCGGGUGCUGGUUUCACCGCGGUGAAUAGGUAGUAUGCAUUACACCGCAUGUUGGAACAUGGCAGAAGAGCGUGGCGUUAGGAGUCGGUAUUGGACACGGCCCACAGGAACUGGGGUGGGCUGGCAUGCUACACUUGGGAACAGAUUUAUUGCUUGCAUUACUAUGGGGCGUCACUUCUGAGAGGGAUGGUGACCGAAACUCUCCAGGCAAUUGUUUUACCGAUGGUGUCUUUCGGUUUUAGACACAAGUCAACGGGAAUUGUGGGUGCUUAAACCCAUCAUAUUGAUGUAUAAAAAGCC